CCACGAGUAAGGGGAGGGGCGGGGGAGGACAAUCUGUUGGUACGAGUGAAACGGGCCUUGAUAACCGUCUCCGGAACUCAUGACUUCAUGUCGGUGAUUUCGGGCUGCCCUCACUGAGAGAAAUACGGUUAUAAUAUCUCAUCACAUCUUACCGCCUCUGCCAAACCACUUACACCCACGCCCCAUUGCCUAUCAAUCACAAUGGAAUCCCCUCACAAUGAAGAAAACAAGGCGAACGCCAUGAACGAGUACCUUGAUCAGCUUCCAUCACAGCACUUGGAGCCUCUGUGGUCUCAGAUGAAUGUGAUGGUCCCCCCUACGCCAGCGCCGGUCGCUCGGCCGCAUAUCUGGAAGUACGCCGACAACCUUCCUCUCCUGCACAAGGCUGCCGAAAUGGUUGGCGAGAAGCAAGCCGAGAGGAGGGUGCUCAUGCUGGUCAACCCGAAUAUGGAGUCCCCUUACACAACAGACACCAUCUACGGCGGGCUUCAGAUCGUCAACCCGGGAGAGACGGCUCCGGCGCACAGGCACAUCGCUUUCGCUCUCCGGUUCAUCAUCGACGGUGAGGGGUUCACGGCCGUCGAGGGAAAGAAAAUGCCCCUCAAGCGCGGCGAUGUCGUCGUCACGCCGACAUGGCACUGGCACGACCACGGAAACGAGAGCGAUGCCCCCGUCAUCUGGCUCGACGCCCUCAACCUGCCGCUCUUCAGGUUCACCCCCGUUCACUUUGCGGAGCAAUAUCACGAGAGCCGUUACCCCAGCGUACUGACCGACUCCUGUGAAUGGAGACACCCUUGGGACAAGGUCGAGGCCGAGCUCAAGGCUCAGGAGGGACCGUAUGCCGUUUACCACUACGAGAACAACGGCAAGCCGCUGUCGCCGAUUCUCGGGGCCCAGGCCGAGCGCAUCGACGGAAACCACACGACAAAGGAAGUUCGCGAGCAGGCCUCGUUUCUCUACCACUGCUACGAAGGACAAGGGCAGACGAUCGUCGAGCCCCCUACGGGCCCUCGGGUUAUCUUCAAGUGGACGGCGCGAGACACGUUCGCCGUGCCGGCGUGGUCCAAGGUCCAGCAUGUCAACAAAGACCCGACCACGGCCUACCUUGUUGCCGUUAGUGACAGGCCAUUGUUGAGCAGCAUCGGCUUGAUCAAGCCCCAGUCAUAG